AUGCCUACCUACAUCGUUACCUGCAACCCCGAUGCCACGCCCGAGCAGGUGGCCGCGGCCAAACAGCAUGCUAUAGACCAGGGCGGUAAGAUCGGCCACGAAUAUAGCCUCAUCAAGGGUUUCUCGGUUACCUUCCCCAAUGAUAGUAUAAGCACGUUGGCGUCGCACGAGCAUGUCAAAGAUGUUGAGCUGGACCAGGAGCCCAGGCACAGCUCGUCCUCGUCUCCACUCUCGUCGUCUUCUUUCCUGUCCGGCCACAAAUGGUCCCACCCGCCGAGCACCGCGACAGUGACGGACGAGGAGUUGGCCAACCUCGCUAAAAAGCACCAGCACCCGCUGAGCCUCGCCGACCUCGUCAGGCAUGGCCGUCCCCCCCUCUCGGCUGACGCCCUCUUCUCCUCGGCCAACUUCACCCUCUCGCUGCUGCCAAUUCGGCUCGCGCACCGCAUCCUGGCCUUGCGCAACCUGCCCUUCAUCGUAGUGUCGAAUCCUAACAUCAGCAAGAUCUACCACAAUUACCUGCACUCGCUGUCGACCCUGCUACCCUGGAAGCAUCGCACCAUCGCCAACAUCGAGGCCGAGAUUCUCUUUACUUCUGUCCUAGCUGAGCUCGUGGCCACCCACCAGGACACCAUCCCCACCCUUGCCAAGGGGUUCCUCGAGUGCCGCCGCUACAUCUCGCCCGCCGAGGUCACGCACUUCCUCGACACCCACCUGCGCUCCCGCAUCGGCACCCGCCUCAUCGCGGAGCAGCACAUCGCCCUCCACUACAGCAGCCUGCCGCACUUUGACCCUUCCGCCUCCCCCACUCCGUGCCCCGAGCACCCUUCCUACAUCGGCGUCAUCGACACCGCCCUCUCGCCCUCGGCCAUCGUCGACUCGUGCGCCGGGUUCGUCGCCGACAUCUGCGAGCUCAAGUACGGCCUGCGGCCGCGCUGGGUCAUCGACGGCCAGCCCGACGCGACGUUCGCCUUCGUGCCGAUGCACCUCGAGUACAUGGUGACGGAGCUGCUGAAGAACGCGUUCCGCGCGACGGUGGAGAGCGGCCGGCACCGCGAGCCCGUCGUCGUGACCAUCGCCCCCGAGCCGGCCGACCCGGGCCCGCCGCGGGUCACGCUCGACCCGCCGGCGGCCGAGCGGGGCGCCUUCCGGAGCGACGCCAUCAAGCCGCUCGACGACAACGCGCCCGGGGUGACGAUCCGGAUCCGCGACCGCGGCGGCGGCAUCGCGCCCGAGGUGCUCCCCAACAUCUGGAGCUACAGCUUCACGACCUUCAGCGAGAUCGAGGACGACGUGCUCUCGUCCGGGAGCGGCCAGGACGCCCUCGGCGUCAUAUCGGCCGUGAGCAGCGGCGGCAGCUCCAUCGCCGGCCUCGGCUACGGCCUGCCCCUCAGCCGCGCCUACGCCGAGUACUUUGGCGGCGGCAUCGCCGUCCAGAGCCUCUACGGCUGGGGCACCGACGUCUACUUGCGGCUGAAGGGCGUCGGCAAGAUUAAGGAUUUGGUGGGAGGGAGGGACGUGUCGCCAGGUGAACUCAUGUGCAACCAACCCUGCGCCCUCGGACGCGCGUCUGCCUCGUCGGUAGCAGGCAGCCCGACUCAGCAGCCCGGUUGUCUCUCGUGCUCCUCUUGCUCCUCUUGCUGCUACUGCGGCUAG